AAGCACGGGAGCAGGAAAGCAAGCCUUUCCAACUCAGGUUGUCUGUUAAUUAAAAUAAUCGCUAGAUAGAUAGGUAGAUAGUUCUAAAAUAGUGGCUUGAUAGAUGCCAGAGUCAUAAUUGUAACGAUAGCAUUUAUGAAAACGAUAUCAAAGUAUAUCAGACAUUUCAAGAAGACGGACUUUAUCCACCUCUGUUGUCUUAGCUCGCUAGCACGUUUGCUAACUUGACAGGCAAAUAACUGCUGCUGUCAUAACAUUAACGUGAGUGGGGUUUGUGAUGUUAACGUUAGCGAAUCUCUAAUAUGAUGGAAAAGGUGAUGCGGGUCGCGGUGCGCAUAAGACCACUGCUUCCUGAAGAACUCCGCCAGAGCCGGGAGGUAUGUGCACAUGUUGCAGUGGACUCACGUCAGGUUAUACUGGCAGGUGGGCAUGCGUUUCCCUGCGACCUCGCCUUUGGACCUACAGUGUCACAGGAGCAUGUUUACGGUUCCAGCGUUAAGCCUCUGGUAGCGUCGUUUUUCGCAGGCAAAGAUGUCACCGUCCUCGCCUAUGGACAGUCUGGAUCAGGCAAGACCUACACAUUAAGCGGGGGACACACUGGUCGUGAAGAAGACAGAGGAGUAGUGUGGCGUGUGUGUGAGGACAUGUUUCUUAAGAUGACUGCCAACGACCUCACACACCUGCACCUGAGUGCCUGCUGUGUAUCCCUGUGUGGAGAGGAGCUACGAGACUUACUGAAGCCGGAUGCUAAACAGUCAAACCCUCACAUCACGGAGGACCAGAAUGGGAAUACUGUGGUGGCAGGAGCUGUGGAGAUGCCACUGGGUUCAGUGGAGGAGCUGCACCAUGUCCUGGAGCGCGCGUCUGAGUCCUCCUCACACACGCUGCUGUGGCUGCGGCUCAGGCAGCGCGCGGUCGACACCUCUCGGGGCGUGCUGCUGUCCACACUGUCAGUGGUGGACUUGGCCGGCUGGGAGUGUGUGUCUGGACUGCUGACCGCCGACACCCCCAGGUUCAAACGCUCCCUCCAAAUCAGCACAGAGCUGCGGACGCUGGCCGACAUGAUCCAGCAGGACACACGCAUACGCAGCGCCCCGGUGGGUCGCGUCCAGAACUCCCAAGCUCUGGCUGACCGCGCGCACACACCCUGCCCUCCGCUUGCACAGCUGGACGGGUCAGACUCGCCAAGGGGUCGUCGACAUGACGGACAGCCGCCCGUCCGUCCGUCUGUCCAUUACAGCUUGGGACACACACACACACACUCUCCUCUGAUGAGACUGCUGCAGAACUCCCUAUCCGUCUCCGCCCAGACCCUUCUCCUGGUGUGUGUGAGCCCGGCCCAGUCUAGCCUGACUGAUACGCUCAGCUGUCUGAUGCUAGCGGCACGUGCUCAGGACAAAUACUCCCGCCCAGACCAGAGAGGCGGGCCCACACAGGCACACACGCCAUCUGUGCCGCACACGCACAGCCCCCUCACGCGGGACGCUGCCGUUCUAUUGGAGGAGCUCCGGGACUCCGCCCCUAGCCCCGCCCUGCAGCAGAGAUUGAGCGCCUGGUUGGAUGCUUACAAGACCACGCCCAGCCCUACCCAUGCCUCAGAGGUCACUCUGUGUGAGACUUGUGAUGUCCAUCAGGUGCCUGCAGACACAGCAGCUUGUGAUGAGACAGAUGCUGCCCCCACGCAGGACGCACACACAUAUGUGCAGUCAUUACAGGAGCUAAAGCUGCACUGCCGUCUCCAAAGUGAGCUCCUUGUGGAGCAGAAGCUGCUUGCUGAUUGGCUGAAGCGUGACCUGAGGGCUCCGGUCAGCGGUGUCCAGCGAUGCCAGAGCAGCCCUCCGACAGACCAGCGGCCGGCGCCUCAGCACAGACAGCCUGCCCGCUGUGUCACCGCAGGCAUCAGAAAGGUGUACAGCAGUCCCUGUAAGCUCAGCCUGGAGAGACUGUCGGCCACCAUGAAGACCAGUAACCAGCUGCUGCUGGCCCAGCUGGAGGAGCACGAGCAGGUGCUGCGACUGCCCAGCGUGACCACAGGCAGAGACGCCGAGGACACGGACCAAUCAGAGAGGAGAGACAAGAAGAGACCCCUGCUGAACCGCACGUGGACCCGCAAACACGGCCCAGACCUGAGCGAGGCCCUCUCUGAGGCCCAGGGCGGGGGUGAUACAGAGGUCAGCGCGUGUGAGGCCCAGUCUGUGCUGGUCAGCGAGCUCCUGCUAGAGAAGGAACUUCUGCAGCAGAGGAGGGACGAGCUGAGCUGCCGCCUGUCUGAAGGGAACACACACUCGGAACAGGAUGACCUUAGUCUGCACCAGCUUGAGGAGUCCAUAGAGGCUGUGGAUGCUGUGAUUGGGUUGCGUCUGCACCCUGACCAGCAGAGGGCCCCAGAGAGGCAGCUCAGUGAGAGCUCUGCGCCUGUGGACAGUCUACGGGUCCUAGAGGAGCUCUCUCUGCAGGAGGCCAAAGCUCUCUUCCACACCUACUUCAGCAAGGUGGUGUGUCUGCGGAGGCGCGGGGCGUCCCAGCGGAGGUGCGUGCGCGAGCUGGAGGAGCUGCUGGCGUGCGAGCGGGAGCAGAGCGGCCGGAGGCUGCAGCAGCUGGAGAAGGAGGUGUUGUUCUACCGCAGCAGCAGCCGCGAGCUGCGCCGCCGCCUCAAGGAGCUGGUGCUGCAGGACGCCCCCUCGCCAGCCUCCAGCAGGGCCUCCUGGCGCAGGGGCAGCGGGGACGGAGGCCACGGCCUGGGGGAGGCACCCGACUGACACGGCACCCCCAACCCCUACCAGCGUGCCUUUUUAAAACUCUCACAUACGCCCCCAAACACUCAACACUGACCCCCCAGCAGCACUUGUCUGCCUCUUGUGGCUCCUUAUCAUCAUCCCACUCAGAUGAACCCUGACUCAGCUCCUCUCUGUCUAAAGCCCAGAUUUUACACCUCCUUCACCGUGCCUGUCAGAUCAGUAUUUUUCCCGUACUCCUGUGUGU